UUAUAGUGGAGCCCGUGAAGCGAGGGGCCAUGCUACUGCUGCCUGCUGCUAUUGUUCCUCAUACGGAUUAACGCCGCACACGGACCGCUCCUCGACGCCCAAGAUUUAAACCGUCCAAACGUCCACAGAGCGCCGCUUCUUCUCCAACAUGACGGCGGCUUCAGCACGCAGGCGCAGCAGGACUGAGGAGGAAGAAGGACCAGUGCGGUUAUAGCUCAGACUCGACACCAAAACAGCGCUCUCAUGUCACAGGUUACAGAGUUGGCUGCAACUUCAAAAAACAAGGAACUAUGCAUCAGUCUUCAGUGCAAGUGCAGCCUUAAGUGGACCAAGAGUGGAAGAUGGCCCCACACUAAACAAAAUGUGACUCAACAGAAAGCCUUUGUGGUUAAGGUGGAGUGAAUAAAUAGCAGGUAUGUCUAAGACAAAGACCCCAAAUAAGCAACGCUAUCGGCCAGUAUCGGAAUUUGAUGAAGUCACCCUUGCUUGUAAAAGGGAAUACUGGAGGACUAGGAAAAGGGAGCAGAGAGCAAGGCAGUCCAUGGCCAAAAGGUUGUCCAAAAGUCCAAACACAGGAAUAUGCAAACCUGCUGUUACAGUUACUCAGACAAACAAACAUGCCCCAGAUAUACCUCAUUCCCAGUUUAGUCCUACUUUUCUUAAUAGUGCUGGAUCAUACCAAGCUGAUGUUACACAAAACCUGACCAACUCAUAUCGUUUGACACCAGAGAACAAUUUUGAGACACAAAUAAACCACAAGAGAACAUGUUGUGAGAAGACUAAACUCAACAACGCCGUUCACCGGUUCCCUGAAAGGAGCACAGAGUCUAAAAGGUGUAUGGUGAUUCAAACUAAGGACAUUAAAAGCCCUGAAGAACCAAAUGUGGGGGGUUCAUCGGUUAAGUGCAGUGGGAUGCCACUUACCAACGGUUUACCUGUGCCUACAGCAUUCAGAAAAGAACAUGCAAACGUCACAGCAACACUGCAGACACACAAUAGAUUGUCAGCCUUUAAUAACAAACUCUCAGACAUUUCUCAGCGAAGUGCUGUAUCCAGGUUUACACCAGAGUGCAACCAACAAAAGAAGCCUCAAAUUAAUAGCUGUCUACCACCCAGACCCUCUGCCUUUGCACAAGGUAAAGUCAAUAAAGACCAGCACAUCCUAGGGGGAAGAGGUGCCAGCCCAAAAAGAAAAGCGUGUGCCUAUAUUCCAGAAAGCUGUACAGCCCAGGGCAGAACUGCAGAUAUUCCCCUGACUGAGGAGGAGAAGGCUGCUAAACGUAGGGAGAACUGGCGCAUCAAAAAACGAGAGCAGAGAGCCAAACGAGCAGAAAAGCUGAAGAAGGACAAAGAGAGGACACAGUCACAGUGUUUUGAAAAUGGUCAGCAGAAAACAGGGAAGCUUUCCUGUGUUGUUCCAACAUGCUCAUUAUUGUCUGUGAACACGCUGGUACCGAGAGAAUCCAAGCAACCUAACUCUGUGAAGCCUGCUGGUCAAAUACUGAGUGAUGGAAAACCAGUUCAUUUCACAAAUCAUUCAUCACCAUCUCAAAAGCAAUUUCCAAAUAAAAAUCAUUCAGCAAAAGUAGAUGCCCAGAUGGCCAAAAAUCUCUUUUCAGUUUCAGCCAAUAGAGCAAAUCACCUGCAGUACUCAAAACCAAGUAAUUUGUCCAUAUCUUCAGGAUUUUCUCUGCAGUCUUCAAGCACGACCCAAGCAACUAACCAAUCAAAAAUCCAGCAACAGAAUUUGGUGCAGGUUCAAAAAAGGCAAAGCUUACCACACAGCUUUUCGCAACGCUUCCCACAACAGAAUGACCGUGUGGAGACAGCGGAGGAGCGGCAUGCUAAGCAGAGGGAGUACUGGCGGAUCAAAAAGCGGCUGCAGAGGGCGAGGCUCUCUGUGGAGGCGAAAUCACGUUUGAAGGAGCGAGAUGCACUUAAGAGGUGCGCAUUGCGCUUCCAGAGCAACCUGGAGCAAGUGCGAAAGACUCAAACAGGCUUCCAGAGACCAAACAAAAACACACUUAAUGCUUCAGGAACAACUAGUGGCUUUAUUAAAGAGGACGGCACCGUAUCUGUACCUAUCUCGAAGACUUCUGCUGAGAUACUUCGACCAGCUACGAGUUGCAGUGUACGUGCUGUAAAAUCAUCAUACCUAACUAGUCCAAGAACCUCACUGUCACAAAAGCCAGUUUGUGUCAGAACCAGGACUGCUGCACGUGGAAUUACAAAUCGCAUGAAUUCUUCAGUGAAUAUUCAACAAAGGUCCACUGAUCAGAACACUUCAACUGUUGAUUCUCAAGUCAGGUCAAAACCAGCUAGCAGUACAGCAGAUGCUGAUGUUCUCACAGGUUCGACAGAGGCAAGCAAGGGUGAAGAACCAAACCAGGAGGAUAGAACAGAUUAUAGAAAGAAGUUGAGAAGUUCUUAUUCUUCUUCAGAUGUUACCCCAAGUUUUGACUUGGUGCCCCACGAUACUAUAAAACAAGAACCUAGUUAUCCCUCUAUUGAAUCUGUAUAUUCUCUUGCAGAACAAAGUCACAGUAUGGAUAACAAAGACAUCAAACCUCUACCUUCCUCUCCUCCUGAGACCAAGGUUGAGAAAGAGGCUUCUCCAAUUUGUGACAACCAGGCCACCACUCUCUUGGUGGUGGCCUCUAUGAAGAAGCUACUGGAAGAAUCUCUCAGCUCUGUGGCUGACACUAAUACCUCUUUUACAGAUCAAGAUGCACUUCUGCCCUGUAAAACUGAACAGGAACUCUCUCCUCAGGAGACAGAGACAAGCAUAAAACCUGACAUUAUUUCACAUCAUGGAGCAGUGGAGUGUAACUUCUCUGGGUUCGCUAACCCCUCCUUAGAGGUCAAACAGAGUCCAACUCUUUGUCAUUCUCCCCCUCAGGCCCCUGGCUUUUCUGCUGAAGACACUGUCCUUUCAUGCCAAGGCUCCUUGCUUGAGGCCCCUCAUACUGUCACUACCGAAAGGUUGUGCUUUAGUCAAGGUCCCGAGAACAGAACACAUGAUCUGUCAGUGGCUGCAAGUGUGACACCUGUACACACAGGCACCCAAGGACACAGUGGCAAGACAGCAGGAUCUUAUCCAUGUUGCCCCUUGCGGGCCAGUGGAGGGCAGCAGCUGAAUGAGCGCAGUGAGCUUCAGAAGAAGCGGGAGUACUGGCGAAUAAUGAAAAGAAGACAGAGGGCCAGGAAGGCCAAAGAGAAGGAGAGAAGCAAAUAUGCUGUGCAGCAUAAACAACUUUCUCAGCCAAUACAGAGGAAAUGUAUCAGCUCUCAAGUCCAACACCAAUUUGUAGCUAAGCCAGCGAGUCACACAAACCUCAAUAAUCACUCAGUCCUACCUGUUGUCCCUUUACGUCCCACUCGGCUUGUGUUGAGCCCCACUGCAUCAAACCAACAGUCAAACCAGCAGUCGUCAAACGGGAGCAAGGCUAAAUUUUCAGAGACAUCUCAGGUGAAGAAAUGGCAUAUACAAGCAAGUGCUCCCAUGUUAUCCUCCAGACCAGAUACUGUGACAUCCACACUAAUGAAUCAUGUAAAGCCCUCUGGUCCUCAAGUGCAGAUUAGAAGGCCCUUCAUGACCAAUUUAAAAAAUAAAAGCCGCUUUAAGGCAACUGCAAACCAAGAACUAGAUCCUGAAGAGAUUUUAAGGAGGAAGAGGAUGCACUGGAGAAUAAAGAAGCAAGAACAAAGAGCGAGGAAGGCUGCACGAGAAAGAGAACUUGUCCACACUGCAAAACUCUGCCACUCUGGACUCGACUCCUCCAACAAGAUUACAGAGCUUGUUCAAAGUACCCCAUCAGAGAGACUGGACUACCUCCCGCAGUGCCAGGAUACAUCUUUUAAAGAUGAAGCAGAGUUGUGUUUUGUUCCUGGUGACGACUGCACAGAUGAGCCCUUAUCAGAGGCCAAGUGGAGGAACACCUACCUAAUGGAUUAUGAUCCCAUCAACCAGCUGCUGGUCUGCAUGGUUUGUGGGCAGCAGCAGUAUUGCCUUAGUGUGGAAGGAGUAAAAGCUCAUAUAGAGGAAGCCCACCCAGGUACUCUGUCUCUAGAAGAGAGGGAACGCCAAGGCAUCCUCCAGGCCUGGGAUGAACAAAUCGCUGUGAGAGAACGCUUCUUCACCAACCAGCUUUGGCAGCAGAGUAAUGCCCCCAAAGAGGUAAGCCAGAUGCACACGGCUGAGAUUGAGGUGAUUCUGGAUGCGGAUGACAAAGCGAACCAACGUGAACGUCUUUAAAGACCAGCAGCUCUAGAAAGCGGUGACCUCUGUUUCAGGUGAGAAAGCCUAUGAGUCUAGGCUCCCUCACCACAAUUCUCAUCUAAGACAACGAAGGACGCUGUGUGUCUUGCGUAAUAGAAUGACAACGAGGAAGGGAAAGAUAGUGUGAGAACCUUUUUUUGUUAAAUAAAACACAAAAGCACCGUGUAGCCUCAAAGGCAUAAUCCUCUGAAUUGCCUUAAGACCCACUUUCCUCCUUUAGGUUCUCUUUUAAGGGAGACACCUAAUAUAUAUGCUAUGUUUUUCUAUCUUUUCUAUCUGGUUUGUACUCUUGAGAGUGGAAAAUGUGUAUAUAUACAUAAUUUGAUUGUUUAUACAUUUGAUGUACAUUUCAUUUUUGGAUUCAGCAUAAAGGCCUGAUAAGCUCUUUGAUCUAUGGAGCUUUCAAGAGCUGAGAUGUCCUAUUAAACAGACUUUAAAUCUCUAAGUGGCAUGCAGUUUACUCUGUUCUCUUAAGCCUGGUUCUUUACUGAACAUUCUACUGAACUGAACAGUUCCUUCUUCUUUUAAAUUUUAAAUACUGUUUCAUACUGAAUACAUAUGCACACAUCUCUGGAAUGUUACAUGAUAGACUUGGCAAUUAAUACGCAGCCAUUUGUAUGAAUAAUGUAUAAGUAUGCAUUUGCAAUACAUAUAUUGUACAGUUUAAUUAUUCUGUUGGAACUAAUGUCUUUUUUUCUGGGAAAAUAUUGUGCCUAGUAUUUAUAUAAAGAUGCAUAUAAGUUUACUUUUGCCUUUUGCAUGUUAAGUAUGCUGUCUGUUUCUAAAUUGAAGUUAUCCAUUCAAAUUUUAAAUAAAAAAACUAUAAAGCAAAGUUUCUGAAAAGGGGGAUUUGGGAUGUGCUUGCCUAAACCUGUCACAAAAAAAAACUAAAUCUAAGGAAAAGGCAAGUUGUCUAGCUAACACGGAUUUUGUAAUUUAAGGAGUAGCAAAACGAGUGGGUUUCAGUGGGUUUGGUCUCUAUGGAAGGAUGGGAGGAUGAAUGAAAAAAAUCAGAUCUGGUAGUUGUGGAUCAAAAAUAAAAUGGAAACUGAGGGAUGUGAAUAAUAGGGCUUCUAGUGAAGAAAAACAAAUGGGUAUGUGCCUAAAUGAGGACAGCCUUAUUAUCUAUACCAGCUUUGAUCCUCCCCUAACAAUACAUGACUUAAAAACCAAAAGUGAUGUAUAGAAAUCUGUGCAUAAAGACACUUAAUAAGAAAUACAAAGAAAUAAAAAUAGGAAAGUUUAAUCCACGUUCAUUUCUGUUUCACCAAAAAGAUGGAUUGUAAUUUGUUUUGCGAUGAUGGUGACUCGUGAUAGUUUGAGAGAUUCUUUUAUUUGUGUUCUUGUAAUGUGAAUUUUUCUACUCAUGGCCUUUCCACACCCAUCAUUCUCACUUUUCAAGAGCAAAUAAAGAUUUUUGUACCUUUC